AUGAAAUUCUUCCUGCAUCAAUGGAGAAUCAAGAGGACCAAGCACAAUUCUAUAGAGAAUAUUGUAGAAGAUUAUUAUGUAUAUUUGAUUGUGGUGAGAGGUCAUUUAUUCAAGAGAACCAUGAAUGAGGACAAUGAUGAUGAAAAACACAACAAUUAUGGAUUGGAAAUUGUACUUCAAACCACACAUUCUUUAUGGUCCAAUCAAUUACUCUUUGAUUUUUCAAAAGAGGACAAUUUUAUAUUCAACUUUGAAUUUGAGUUCUUUCUUCACACUGGGGAUGCUGAUUUACAAGUGGCAUUUUCUGACAGGGAAGCUUUGGGCACCAAUGAGUGCUUAAUUUUCAGAAUUUCUGGAGAAGCAGAUAUGACAGGAACAUUUUUGAGGAAUGGUUAUGACCAUACUGAUGAUGCAAUCUUGUAUUAUGAAGAUUCAACUCAAAUUACAUGGAAUGAAUGGAAUCAUAUCAAAUUCAAAUUAUCAAAAAACACUCUUACCAUUUAUAUCAAUCAUGAAAUACUUAAUGAAACUCCUUUCAAAAUUUUCAAUUUUCCUCCGUGUGGAUAUGUUGGUUUUGUGAGAAAUACAUGGCGAUUGGAUAAGUGCACGAUCAGAAAUAUUCAAGGAAAUUACAAGAAAAGGCCAUUAAUUGAAGCUCAUGAUUCCAUACACACAACGUGCUGA